GUCUAGGUAUACUGAUCAUUGCAAUGCAGAAGCAUACCGCAGUCCUCGAGCAGCAAUUAAAUACAGUGCUGCAUUCAUGGAGCGCUCGCAAAAUUGCGAAUAAGCUCGAUUCCAACGUGUGAAAAGAGACGUUGAAACCAAUGGGCGAGAGAGCCAGCCGUUUGCACUCCUGGAAAUUGACGUCUGGCAGUUUUACCACGGACUUUGUAUUUCCAGCAGCCUUGUCUUUGGUCACGACAGACAAAUCGAUACUGCUGUCGGGCUUUUUCGCAAUUUGCGGCAAGUCCCAGCCUUUUAAGGAUUUUCUAAUACAGACUGGGAGGAUCAGUGAACUGUUUCGGUCAAAGAAUUAAAAGGUGCUGGAUUUAUUCAGCACAGUAUCUUUGAUGUCAGGAUCUCUUUAUUCCCACCAUGGUGAGAGUGCGGGGAUCUCAUUAGAGCUUCCAGACACACACACACACACACAGGUAGCGAUGAUGUUUUCACUCGGUUUUGCAGCGGGCCGGUUAGCCGUGCUCCCACUGGAUGCUGAGUGACUGGCAACACGGCGAGUGCAUUUCCAGCUGGGAUCCGCGCCUUCGAGCGGACGGGAUGGGCUGUGGCGGUAGCCGUGCUGACACCAUCGAGCCCCGGUAUUACGAGAGCUGGACCAGGGAGACCGAGUCAACGUGGCUGACCAACACAGACACAGAGGCUCCUCUGCCGGGCAUUGCCAACGGCUGCAGCAGCAUCGCCAGCGAGCCCAGUGCUCUGGAGAAAGGUUCGGAACAUGUGUAUUCCAAUACUUUAGAAACAGGAAUCCAAAUCCAAACCCAUGUGACUGUGUCUGCUAAUGUACAUGAAAAAGUGAGCACCGAUAAAAAGACACUAAAUGUUGGGACAAACACACAGAUCGGAAAACAUCACCUAACACAGGUCCCACCAACUAUGAAACAGAAAAGACGAUUAUUCAGAACAGAAGAGUUUAGAUAACCGCAAAGGAGAAAUGGAAUCAUGCAAGGCAAAUGGUCAUUGCCUAAAUCCAAGAUUGCAAGUCCACAUACAGAAAUAAAUGAAUGAAUAAACAAAACUUGUUUUUACAUUACUCUACUUGUCAAGGGAUCAAUGUUAAUCCAAGUGAAAUUAGGCACUAGCGCAAAACUACCAUCCACACCAACCAUAAUUAUAAACAAGUCCUAAUGUGUCUAUAACAUUUUGCAUCUGUUACAAAACUAUUUAUAUAUAAGCCACUAAGGUAGCAAUGUGGAGAAAAAAAAUACCGCUGUCAUAGGCAAUAUGUCAGGGUGAAA